UUUACAUGCGCAUUAGAGUUCCUUCUGUUCGAGGAGAGAGACGAUGAGGACGUUGCUUGGUGAACGAAAGGAAGGAAGAACGCGAAGUGGUACUCAACCGAGGAGGCUGGCAGAGAAACGGUGGAAUGAUUUUAGCCAGUCAGGCUUGACGCAUAAUCCUACCCCCGCCCCAGCCACACUGUUCGUUGGAGAGAGUCUUGCCUGCUUCAACUCAAAUUCUCACCAGAGGAGAUUUACAGAGGACUGCUGUCUGAUUCACACGCCCGCAUACCUGGGAAAGGCAAUGUCCUUGACCCAUUCCACUGCAUAGCAGAGGAGGUGGCACUAUAUGAAGACAUUUUGUCCAUUAGAAAUGACAUAGGCUAUUUUCGUCUUUUUUUGUGUAAAGACACAAUUGGAUAGCUGUCAUUCCACUAUUUAAUGCGCACCGAGACUUGGAAGGAAGUUGCCAAUAUGGCUCUUUGAUCAUUCCGUUAUAGCUACCGGAGAGUUGGAGUCAUGAUGACAGCGCUCCCGCUGGUCUCGCCGCCCGCCUGCUGCUGAUGGUAAUAGGAUAGGAUGUCUUUUAACGGUCUCAGGAUCCAGAACCAACCAAUUUAUCAAUGGAGGAGGUGACUGACAACCCCAAGAUCAACAACAGCUUCCUACGCGACCACAACUAUGCCACAGAAGCUGACGUCAUCUCCACGGUGGAGUUUAACCCUUCGGGGGAGCUGCUGGCCACAGGGGACAAAGGAGGAAGAGUGGUGGUCUUCCAGAGAGAACAGGAGAUUAAAAGCGAGCCCCAGAGGCGAGGGGAGUAUAACGUGUACAGUACGUUCCAGAGUCAUGAUCCAGAGUUUGACUACCUGAAGAGUCUGGAAGUAGAGGAGAAGAUCAACAAGAUCAGAUGGCUGCCACAGCAGAACGCUGCUUACUUCCUCCUCUCCACCAACGAUAAGACAGUGAAGCUCUGGAAGAUUCGUGAGAGAGACAGACGACCGGAGGGAUACAACCUGAAGGAUGAAGACGGACGAAUCAGACACCCAUCCACAAUCACCUCACUACGGGUGCCUGUCCUCCAGAACUCAGAUCUGAUGGUUGAGGCAACAGCGCGGCGUGUGUUCAGUAACGCCCACACCUACCACAUCAACUCCAUCUCCGUGAACUCCGACUUCCAGACCUACAUCUCCACGGAUGACCUCAGGGUCAACCUGUGGAACCUGGAGAUCACUGACCAGAGCUUCAACAUCGUGGACAUUAAGCCGUGUAACAUGGAGGAUCUGACGGAGGUGAUUACUGCAGCGGAGUUUCAUCCUCAGCAGUGUAACACCUUGGCUUACAGCAGCAGUAGAGGGUCAGUACGACUCUGUGACAUGAGGAAACAGGCGCUCUGCGACACACACUGCAAGUUCUUUGAGGAGCCAGAGGACCCCUCCACUCGUUCAUUUUUCUCAGAGAUCAUCUCUUCCAUCUCAGACAUCAAGUUUAGUCAUAGCGGGCGCUUCUUGAUGACACGGGACUACCUGACGGUCAAGGUGUGGGACCUCAACAUGGAGACCAGACCGGUCCAGACAUACCAGGUCCAUGACUACCUGAGGGGUAAGCUGUGUUCUCUGUACGAGAACGACUGCAUCUUCGACAAGUUUGAGUGUGUCUGGAACGGGUCAGACAGUGUCAUAAUGACGGGGUCAUAUAAUAAUUUCUUCCGGAUGUUUGAUCGGAACACCAAGAAAGAUGUGACUCUGGAGGCGUCCAGAGAGAACAGCAAACCCCGGGCCAUCCUCAAACCACGCAAGGUGUGUGUGGGAGGGAAGCGUCGUAAAGACGAGGUGACUGUUGACAGUCUGGACUUCAGUAAGAAAAUCCUCCACUCCACCUGGCACCCACAGGAAAACAUCAUCGCCGUGGCAGCCAGUAACAACCUUUACAUCUUCCAAGACAAGGUCACCUAGGGGUCAGCUUACUUCUGGGAUGGAGGAGAGGUACAGAGACAGAAGAGGAGAGGGAUGGAGGAGAGGUACAGAGACAGAAGAGGAGAGGUACAGAGACA